AUGAUGGACGGGCCCAGCUGGUCGAGCCCGUCGGCCAGUCCGUCGCCGCCGCCGCCGCCUCUCCCGCCGCCGGUGGCGGCCCGAUGGGCUCGCGCCGAACUGGCCGCCAACGAGCCGUGUCCACAUUGCAGAGGUAUAAGCGAAAGGGCACUAUCGCAGGCGAAAGCCCCGAAUAGAAUUCAUCGCUCGAUGGAGCACGACGCCGCGACGCCUUCCCCCUGGCGCGUCGCGGGGCCCGAGCUUUCGGUUUUCGGCGCGGAGCUUUCGCAAUCAAACGAGAGAUCGAAGAGACGCGGAGCUUCCGGCCCGCGAGCGGCCCAAUUGAAAAUUCUGGGCGAGAAUUUGCAUAGAGUGAUAGAGUGA